UCUCUCUUUGUCGACCGGCCUCACAUACUCUCUUCUCUUCUUUGCUCUUCGCAGAAGAGAGAGUAGAAAACCCAAAAAAACCUCUCUUUUUAUCUCUCUAUCUUGAAUCAGCUCUUGCUUUUAUUAUUAGCAGCUGAAUCUGUCACUUUCUUGGUUUAUUCUUUCUUUUUGAUUGGACUGUGUGGAUUGGAAUUUAAAAACGAGUGAAAGACCGAGUUAUGCAGCAAGGUGAUCAGACGGUGUUAAGCUUAAGACCUGGUGGUGGUCGAGGGAGUAGACUCUUCAAUCCUCGCUUGGAGCAGUCCUCUUCUUCUACAUCUUCUUCUGUUUCUUUCGGUGAUCUCCCUCUCUUGCGUCCUCAUGGCGGUGCUACUUCUUUUAAGACUGGAGACUUGCGUUUUGAGGGUCGUGAGCGUGUUCGGUACACUAGAGACCAACUGUUGCAGCUUAGAGAGGCUGUUGUAAUCUUUGAUGAGAUUCUAAAAAUCAAACAAGAAAUUGAAGCUGAGCUUUUUGGUGAAGAUCAGAGCUGGAGUCGUGGAGAAACCAAUCCUCCAACUCAAUCUCAGAUUCGUUAUUCUGAGCCAGACAAUCGUGAUUGGCGUGGUCGUUCUGCUCAAUUUUCUCCAUCUGGAGAGGAGAGGUCCCGGGAUUCUAUUCGAGAAAAUAGAGACUUUGGUGGGAGAUAUGACUCCAGGCAGCAAGAAGGCAAUCAAUCUAAUCGUCAAGACCAGCUCAACUCCCAAUUCGCGAGAGCACAAAUCUCUUCCCAUCAGGGAGGACCUGCUCCUGCUUUGGUCAAGGCUGAGGUACCAUGGUCUACUAGAAGGGUGAAUCUUUCUGAAAAGGAUCGUGUCUUGAAGACUGUAAAAGGUAUACUGAACAAGCUCACCCCUGAGAAGUUUGAUGUUCUCAAGGGUCAACUUAUUGACUCUGGAAUUACAUCAACUGAUAUCCUGAAGGGUGUGAUAUCACUUAUAUUCGACAAGGCUGUUCUUGAACCCACAUUCUGCCCUAUGUACGCACAACUGUGCUCUGAUCUUAAUGAAAAGCUCCCCUCAUUCCCAUCAGAUGAACCUGGUGGGAAAGAGAUCACAUUUAAGCGGGUGCUCUUGAAUAUCUGUCAAGAGGCAUUUGAAGGUGCUGAUAAGCUGAGGGAGGAAUUAAGGCAGAUGACAGCUCCAGAGCAAGAGCUUGAGCGUAGGGAUAAGGAAAAACUGGUCAAGCUUCGCACUCUUGGAAACAUGCGUUUGAUUGGAGAGCUUCUGAAGCAGAGCAUGGUUCCUGAAAAGAUUGUCCAUCAUAUUGUUCAGGAGCUUCUAGGGCCCGAUAAUAAAGGUUGUCCUGCAGAAGAAAGUGUUGAGGCCAUAUGCCAGUUCUUUAAUACCAUUGGUAAGCAGCUUGAUGAAAGCCCAAAGUCGCGACGAAUAAAUGAUGUGUACUUUGGUCGAUUGAAGGAACUGGCAUCAAAUCCUCAGCUGGCUCCUCGACUGAGGUUCAUGGUGCGCGGUGUUCUUGACCUACGGAUGAACAACUGGAUUCCUAGGCGUGAAGAGGUCAAAGCUAAAACCAUCACAGAGAUACAUUCUGAGGCAGAAAAGACUCUUGGGCUGCGUCCUGGUGCUACUGCAAGCAUUAGAAAUAACCGUGGUCUUAUUUCCACCGCUCCAGGGACUACUGGCCCUGGGGGCUUCCCCAUCAACCGACCUGGCACUGGGGGGAUGAUGCCUGGCAUGCCAGGAACUAGGAGAAUGCCUGGGAUGCCUGGAAUUGAUAAUGACAACCGGGAGAUACCUAGAAACCGCCCAAUGCCAAGGGGUGAUGGUCUUAUGCAGCUUGGGGGACGUGUCCAAUCACCAAUGUUUAACAAGACAUCACUAAACACCAGGCUGUUACCCGAGGGCAGUGGUGGUUUUAUAGGUGGUAGGAGUAGUGCCCUCCUGCAUGGAAGUGGUGGUCCUCCUUCUAGGCCAUCAAACUCUGGUUUUGGUGCAGAGCCUCCUGCUCAAGCCUCUCUACCUAGUAAAACCCUUCCUGCUCCUUCCAUGCCUCCAGUUUCAGAGAGACCAGUUGUUUCAGCUGCUAGGGUGAAUCCUGAUGAUCUCAGGAGAAAGACUGUCUCACUCCUGAAGGAAUACUUCAGUGUCUUGCUUCUGGAUGAGGCAUUGCAAUGUGUGGAGGAGUUGAAGUCUCCAGGUUAUCACCCUGAAGUUGUCAAGGAAGCUAUCUUCAUUGCACUAGAGGCAAACCCACCAUGUGUUGAACCAGUUGCCAAACUUUUGGAAUAUUUGUUUUCCAAGAAGGUCCUCACAGCUAAAGACAUAGGGACUGGGUGCUUACUCUAUGGUUCUAUGUUGGAUGAUAUUGGCAUUGAUUUGCCAAAGGCACCAAAUAAUUUUGGUGAAAUUAUCGGGAAAUUAGUUUUGGUUGGGGGAUUGGACUUUAAAAUGGUAAUAGAGGUCCUUAAGAAGAUGGAGGAUGAUAUGUACCGGAGAGCCAUGUUUGAUGCAGCAAUAAGGGUCAUUAUUUCAAGUCCGGAUGGGCAACUUGUAUUAGACACUCAAGCAUCCGCCAUUGAGGCUUGCCAGAGUUUGUUUUAGUAAGUCUACCAUUCUAUUACGUGAGUACUUCACCACCUGUAUCCAACUUUUUUGUGCUUACGUUUACUUCAUAACGCCCCGCCUACACCAUUUUGAGGCGAGCAACUUGUACUAUGUGAUAAGGUGGAGCUGCCAAGAAAUAUUUUUUGAGUUGUAUAUUUUUUCCUGAGAUCAUAGUUGUGUGUUACCGAAGAAAGAAAUCAAACCAUAAUGCUGUGGAUGUUGGUCUCGUGUGCCUGUAGCUCGAGAAGCAUGCCCCUUCAAGGGAUCCAGUUGUUUUGUAUUUGAUUAGUUUUCAAUUUUUGUUCUCUUGACUGAGUAAUUUAGUUUAUUAUUUGAACUCA